AUGGCUGAUAACUUUCCUACUUAUUCAUCUGCAACGAAAAAACCAGAUCCAACACUAUCUAACCCCAGUUGUUGGGAUAAAGAAACAACAAUUUCGACAAAGUCCGAUUCAUCAGGCAGCACUGCCACAACAAGUACAUGUCUACCGCAACAAAUUCGUUUUCGAACGACGGCUAACUUGGAAACCUAUUUGUUGGUAUGGCUCGAUAAAGAUGUGCAUACCACCGAAGGAAACUUAGUUGUACAGAGGAAGUUAAGACGUGCAGUCAAUGAAAUAAUAAUGUUUGAAAAUUGCGAUGAGUGUGUGGAUUAUAUCAAAGCAUUAAAAACGGAUCAGAAACUAGUUUUUAUUGUUUCUGAAAGUUUUGGACGGGAAGCUGUACCAAUUCUACACGAUUUUCGUACUGUGACUUCAAUUUUCGUCUACUGCACGAAAAAAGAAUCAAAGAAAAAGUGGUUAAAACAGUUUGCUAAAGUGAAGGGUGUCUUCACACAACUUGAUGAACUAGUUUUGGAAGUGACAAAAGCUCAACGAAUUCAGGAACGAAUCGAUGAUGAUUCUGUUGGAAUUACUAUUUAUCGUCGCUCCACAGGUGAUGAUAUAAAAUCGGCAAAUGCCACCUUCCAAUGGUUUCAGCUGUUUCUUGACAACUUAUUAGAAAUGUCAAAUUCAUCGCGUGGUACUGGCUCUCGUCAAGAAUUAAUCGACGUUUGUAAACAAGUCUACAAAGGAAAUGAUUACGAGCUCAGUAAUUUAGAAGAGUUUGAACUUGAUUACGAUCCAGAAAGUGCUAUUCUCUGGUAUUCUAGAGAUUUCUGUUUCUAUCGUAUAUUGAAGAAAGCACUAAGAGACAACAACUUUGAUGUAAUCUUUGCAUUGAGAUCGUUUAUUUGUGAUUUAGUGGAUCAGUUGGAACUACAGCACGGAAAAUUAAAGUUUCUUACUUACUAUGUUGGUGAUCGAAUUCUUCGCUUUUAUCGGGUACAAGGAAUUCUUACUGAAGAACUCAAUCUUCUUCGUGCAAGUGUCGGCGAAUACGUUUCAUUUAAGAACUUCUUAGUAACAACCACAGUGAAAUCAAAUGCUAUUAGUUCUCUGAAGCAGCUGAUAAUAACGCCUGAGUACUGUCGUAUUCUUUAUCAGUUUAACAUUGACACUGGUUAUCCAAACAAAAAAUGGUUUGCCCCGAUCAAACAUUUUAGUUCUUUUGAAUGUGCCGAAGGUGAAAUGUUAAAUAUGUUUAUGUUAGGAACUAUCUUCAGAAUUGGACAAUUUGAAUUCAAUACACAGGAACAAAUGUGGAUUGUAACACUAUCUCUAUGUUCAGCCGAUGACUCUGAGCUAAAAAACCUAAUGACACAAACGGAGAAGAAGGAGUCAUCAAAUGGACUUGUUUCACUUGGUUAUUUCCUGUAUGCACAGCAUGACUUUGAAAAGGCUAAAAACUAUUUAUUGAAACUCUUGAAUGAAGCAGAACUUUUAGAUGCCAGUGAUACAGCCUCCUGUUAUCGUGCACUUGCAUUAAUUGCAAUGGAAUGGAACGACUAUGAUGAAGCAUUGAUGUAUUUCCAAAGAGAUGCUCUCGUAUGGAUGAAACUUGGUGUGAACGAAAAUCGUGCUCUCAGUUAUAGACUGAUUGCUGAUCUGUAUAAUGCCAAAAAUGACUAUAACUUAGCUUUUGAGUACGCGAAUAAAGCGUUAGAUCUCUUACCCAAUAAUUCUGUUCACCGUGCUGGCGCUUAUGAAAUAAUAGGCAAGUUUUACAAAGACCACAACCAGUUACAAAUAUCAUUAGAUUGGUUUGAAAAAAGUUUAGAUAUUCAAAGACGUCUACUUCCUGAAAAUCAUCCUGGUAUUGGCACAACGUACAAUAAGACUGCAAGCAUCUUCGUUGCUAUGAAAAAUUAUGAAAAAGCUGUUGAGUAUAGUAGCAAAUCACUUUUGGUUUUCCGAAACUCAUUGCCUGCAAAUCAUCCACGUAUUCAAGGGGUUGCAAAAUGUUUAGCUGCGUUGCUUCAGUAUUUAAACGAGAACCCUCAAGAACGGAAGUAA